UCCUUCUCAACACGAGGAAAUCGAUGAGCCCGAUUCCUCCCUCGUUUGUUUCCAGGCGCUUAGGUAUGCAAGCCAUGGAAGUAAAAGGGCGUAUACUUGGUAUGGUGAGAGAGAAGAUCGGGAACUUCCGCCCAGCGGCCAACCACAACGUACAAGGGCAUCCGUUCGACAGAAUUAUCUUGCUUAUUUAGACAUUGUUGUAACUUACUUUCUUGAAACAUGCUAUCAAAUCCAAGCGAUCAAGAACGAACGUUCGAAUGUCCGACUUGUGACAGAUCAUUUGCGCGCCUUGAGCAUCUACAGAGGCAUCUCCGCACCCAUACCAAAGAACGACCGUAUAUCUGCUUUUGUGGACGCACGUUUACAAGGCAGGAUCUGCUCAAGCGACAUGAUCGUAGAGCGCAUGCGGCUCGCGCGGAGCCCAUUGGAAAGGAAGCGCCUACCGCUGAUUAUGCUCCGCGAAAUCAUACCUUGGACUCAAACAUUACAGGUCUGCCUGAUACACGGAAGCCAAAACUGCCAUCAGCUUCAGCCUGCGUACAGAUCGAGCAUGGAAUCGAGCCACAUGAUAAUAGCCCUGGCGACGGCUUCUCGUCUGAAUUUCAGCUGCCGCGUGUUGUUCAGGCUGAAGGAAUCAUGCCAGAUGCGAAUACAUUGAUUGCGGCUAGCGAUCAGAUAUCUAUGGAUACUUAUCUCGACAUCAUUGAUCACAACGAUCUCAAUCUGGACUGGAACAACAUGGAGCUAGACGAGACGGGAAUCCUUUUCAACACUCAGGCUGGUCUAGAUAUAAAUCAUGCCGACAAGUCUCUACACUUAAAUAACAGUGCUCAGAUCGCUGCAGCCAACAUCGGCUGGAACGUGUCCGAAGAACAAAGAAAGGACUACGAGAAUCUUCAGAUCGUCGUAAAUCAGCGUUUGCCCCACCUGAUCCUCCCUUCCUAUCCUACGCUCAGACGUUACAUCGACGGCUAUAUCGAUGGUUUCAACCAAGCUUUUCCACUUGUUCACGUACCUACCUUUGAUCUGGGAACUUGUAGUCUGGAGCUGGUGCUUGCAAUUGCAGCGAUCGGCGCGUAUGAACGCUUCGAGCCUCGCAACUCCGUCGAGCUAUUUGACGCAUCGAGAACGAUCGCGAGAGAAAAUCUCCGUAUGUCGCAGACAUGUCGAGAGAAGCAGAAAACACCGAGAUCCACUCGUGGGUUAUCACCGCCAGAAUAUCCCACAGCUUCCAUGGUCGGUACACAAGACACUCUAACACGGACUGCAGGCAUAGACAAUUUGACGGCUUUGUUGUUGCUGAGCUUCCUUGGUCUGCUGGGCGCCGAUUCUACGUUAUACAGAGAGGUGCUCGAUUUUCAGAACGACAUGAUCGAGGUCGUAAGGUACUUUGGCUUGGCCGAACAGCAUUCGAACACGACGACAUGGCAGGCUUGGGUCCAAGAAGAGCAAGAAAGACGAACCAAGUUCGGCCUAUUUUGCUUCCUCAACCUUCAGACCGUCCUGCACGACGUCCCCUCACCAAUUCUAUGCAGUGAAUGGCAAUUGCGUUUGCCAAGUUCUGUCGAAUCUUGGGAGGCGGCCAAUGGAGAGGACUGGAUCGUCGAGCUUGAGUCACCUCGGGUACCCUUUCAAACUGUUUUCAGAUCGUUACUCGCGACGUCUGAUAAUCCUGGCACGAGUCUUGUCCGGAGCUUGACUCCAUUCGACUGUACCAUUCUAGGGUUGACGUUACUGCAACGAAUUUACUAUAUACAACAACUGCAAGCUGCAACUGGAGAAGUUCUCCGAGAGGAUGACAUGAGAAGUCUACAAGGCGCGAUUCAAGGUUUGGAGUCAGCUUCACUAGAGCAUCAGGUUCAACCCUCUAAGUGUGGUCAAGCAAAAUUGCGAAUCUCUGAUAUAGUGGCAUAUCAACACAUAGCCUAUAUGCGGCUUCACGCAAAUCUCAGCGGAAAACGUAACAUACAGUCUCGCGACUCUGAGCAGAUCGCACGAUCCUUUUAUGAUGUGCCUUUGCAGGCCUGCGGCUCGUUCUCACCAGGACCACUAUGGCGGUCUAUCAACCAACUCCAAGUUGUCGUGGAUUUGGGUGUCGCGUACGUUUCCCGCGAUAUUGGAUGCUUCUCGAGCGUACCGCAAGCAUUGUCGUGUCUGCAUCAUGGUGUCUUUCUAAGCAGAUGGUUCUUCUCGCUGGCUUCUGAGCAUCAAAAAGAUCCCCUGGCGCCUGAAGAACUCCAGAUCAUUGACCAUACACGGUCAUUGAUGCAAGAAGUUGUUAUAUCGGCGCCAGACAUCAGCUCAAGCUUAGGAUGUAUGGACUUUUCUGAACCCAAAUGCUGCCUUGAGCUUGGCAUCUUGGUGCUGAAGAUCUGGGCUUAUAUACUCGAGACCAAAGUCAAAUGGCCGCUGGUUACUGUCCUUGGGCACUCGAUGAGUCUGUAUGCAGAUAUGAUGUCAUCUGCAAGGUCACACUUGGAAGCUCGAUUAUUGCAUCAGGGUCAGGCUGGAUGAGCAUGUAUGCAAAUACGCGUGUGUGGGCAAAAACGAUGAUUUAUUGCUUGUUCGAGGCUGAGCUGAGAGGUGGAGAAAGUUGGAGAGGGAGGAAAAGGUGGAGAUGGAGAAAGUCACAACGCCAACGAACGGUGGAGAAAUGAUGAAAUCACCCUGACAGUGCUGACAUCUCCAUCAGCA